UGCCGAUAUCAGCGUCUGUUGUGGCCUUUCUUGGAAAGGCUGGGUGCAAGGCGAAGCUUGUGGGAGGGAAGCAAACCCUUGGGCCAUCUCCGCCACAGAGGCUGUGUGGUUUCCCUGCCCCUCGCACGGGGCGGCUCCCGUUAUGUAAUAUCAGCAGCCCCCAGUGAGUUGAGGCGGAGCACACGGACCAGCUUCUGGCCACCUGAAGUCUGUGGCACUGCCGCGGUGACGAUGGAGGCACCCUGAGGUCCCUUAGCAACCCAGGCUGACAAGGGGAGCGACGCUUGCAACGUGGGGAAAUCUUGAGGGUCCUUUCUCCUGCAUGCUGUGGAGGCAAGACUUUUCCUCCCCACCCUGCCUGCACACCUGGCUAGACAGCUAGGAAUUCCAGCAGGGACAGAGUGGACACCCUCGUGGCUUCAUGAAUGACUGCUCCAGGCAGCUGUACGCUGCAGAUUCGCAGAGCCAGCUCUGAGAACUUUGCUGCCACGGCUGACUUUGGGGGCACCCUGCUGGAGCAGACACUGGGCAGGGGCCGGCCUGACAAAAUGCCCCCCUGCCCACCACAGCAAGGCUGGACUCGGGGUACCUACCUCCCCUUGUACAAUCCCUUGGCAGGGGGGGAAGCUGGGUCACAGGGGGAGAUGGAGCUCACUUGGCAAGAGAUCCUGUCCAUCUCUGAGUUGCAGGGCCUUGAGAUGCCAAGCGAGAGCUACUAUGACCCUUCUCUGUGCGGCCUCAUGCAACCAAUGGGACCAGCUUCUAACUACCGGCCAUGCACAGCGAUGGGAGACAGUUCAGGGGCUACCUACGGGCACCCUGCUCCAGCGUAUGAACAUCCGUACCUAGAAACUGGACCCACACCCCGUGGUCUGCACAGCUACACAGGCAUGCUGAUCUCUUCCACUCUUGAGCCUCCAGGAGCUACUGCAGCAGGGGCAUGUAAACGGCUCGUAUUGGAGGGGGACUUGGUUAGUGGUUAUGGACCACAGGGCUCUUGCAAGUCACAGGAGGACCUGGAAUCAGACUCUGGGUUAUCACUCAAUUACAGUGAUGCAGAAUCACUGGAGGCUGAGGCGCUGGAGCGGACCGAGUAUACACCGCUUUACCCUAUGAACCAUCACACACAAGCCUACCCAAUGUUGGUCCCUGUGCCAGAAAUGCCUUUCCCCACCCCACCAAUGGCACCUUCAGAGAAAGGACGUAACUCACGCGGGGAACUGGCAGGCAGCCGUGAUGAACGCCGGGCCAUGGCUAUGAAAAUACCUUUCUCUGUUGAAAAGAUCAUUAAUUUGCCAGUGGACGACUUCAACGAACUGGUGUCACGCUUCCCUCUGAGCGAGCCCCAACUAGCACUGAUCCGGGACAUCCGCCGCCGUGGCAAGAACAAAGUGGCUGCUCAAAACUGCCGCAAGCGGAAACUAGAGACCCUGGUGCACCUGGAGCGGGAACUGGCCGAGCUGAGCCGCGAGCGGCAGCGCUUGCUGCGAGAUCGCGGUGAGUUUGAUAGAACUCUAGCGCUUACCAAGCAGAAGCUAGGGACCCUUUACCACCAGGUCUUCUGUAUGCUUCGUGAUGAAGCUGGCAACGCCUACUCCCCAGAGGAGUACUCACUGCAGCUCACUCUUGAUGGCAGCGUCUUCCUUGUACCCCGCAACAAGCAGCCAGAUGGUGCUGAUUGAUAGCACAGCAAAUAUACCAAGGGAUUCCCAGGAUACAAGGCUGUUUUCAAUCUAGGUUGGGAUUUGAGAUUAUCCAAAUGCCAGGUUUGAAACAGCGAGGACUGUGGGCACCAGAACAUUUAUACGAUUGACUGAAUUUCCAAUCGUAUGCCUUGGACAUUACACCCCUCACUUCCUAUGGUAAAAAAAAAAACAUAGAAGUUUCAGUGUAUCAGGGAAAAACUGGUGGGAUGGGCUACUAAAAUUUCAAGUACAAACAUGUUAAAGGAGUGAAGACAGAAAUGGCCAGGCUAGAGGAUGGCUAGGGUUCUAAAAUCAGUAUCUAUAACCCUGAGAGCCCACUACCUUCUGCUUAUGUCUUAUUCAUACAAGCAUUAACAGCAUUUGGGAUGUUACUACAAAAGGGGGCUGGCAAGAGGUGGAGAGCUUAUUGCCCACUCAGUUUCAAGGUGUUGCAUUUUCCUUUUCAUCCCUACUGAGGGUUUUGUGCCAUCACAGCAUUUCGGAAUGCCUCUUCCAGGCUUGGUACUUCAGUAUCACAUCCAAGGCUCUUUCCCCUUCCCCAGUGAACUGAAUAGCCCCAAAACGUUGGUUGAAAAGAUUAAAAGGGCCACGUUUUCCCUAAAGAAAUGCUACAAACUGUGUUAGGAAAGAACUCUUAUCUGUAUAAACUAAUCAAGCACAUAUUCAUCAUUUUUGGUUAUGCCAAGAGGCACCCAAAAUCCUAUUCAGAUGAUCCCACCAGCCUGGUAAUUUCAGUGCUUUUGAAGAGUAUGAACAGUGCUGGGUAAUGGUAAGGCUAGACUGCAGCUCACACUCAACCUCUUAAAUGGAAUUCAGCUAAUCUUUCUAGAUGAAUUAAAAAUUCUGAAUUUGUCACAGACAACCAAAAUUUUGUAUUUCUGCUGUAUCUUUCUGAAACCAAGGUAUGGAGAGGCUACCUAGUCCUGGCUAUGUCAGGUAUUUGUGCUUCUAAUAUAAAAUUUAUUCU